GACGAGGAGGCGUGGCCAAGGGAGAGCACCGCCCCCGAGGAGUUUGCAGCCGCCAGUCUUGAAGUGGGAGGUGAAGGGGAAGGGUGUCUGCCUUGGUUGGAGUUCCAGGCCAACUUCGAGGCGGCUGGAAGCCUUCUUUGGCCUCUUCUCCCUCAAGCCUCCUUCUUCCAUCUCUCUUGAAGCGCAACGUUGGAGAGAAACCGAUGAUUUGGAAGUGAAGCUUCUGUUGAGCUAACCCAGCCUGUUGCCACAAGAUGUUUAGCACCAAUCCUGCAAACUGGGUUACUUUUGAAGAUGAACCUGUCUUCCAGUCUCCCCAGAAGGCAGGGGGAAGUCAUGGGGUAUUCAGAACAAAUGGGCUUAAACUCCUUCUACCUAAGAUGCAUGAUUCUUCAAGCCAGUCAUCUUCUUCCAGCAACGUUUCUCUUUCAUCACCUAUGAAUGACUAUUAUUUCAUUCCUGGCCCUCCUAGUAAUUCUCCACUCUGCACACCUACCAGAGACUACCCUGCAAGCCCUUGUUUUCCUAAAUCAGGAUCUCUUCUUUAUCCUAUUCCAGAACUGUCAUCCAGCAUUAAUGUUCAUCCUGCACCUCAAAAACUGGAUGGCAUAUUGCAGACUGGGCAUCACUCAGAGUCCUCUGUGCCUAAACCAACGGACGAUGUAAACAUCACUGAAGAAAACUCGAAGAAACCGGAAGAUUGUUCAGAAACACAAACAUUCUUUCAGUAUGUUCAGAAUAAUUGUGCUUUUUCUAGCCCAUUUUGGACAGAAGAUUCACCUUCACCUAGCUCUGAUGCACCCAGAACGGAUUCAGGCUUUGACAAACACCAUAGUUCUUUGCAAGAAAAAGAAGGUUUGCCCGAUCAGAAAAGCCUCAAUCAGGGAUCCUUCAACUAUAUUUGUGAAAGGCUUGAGCACUUGCAGACAGAUUCUUCAGAUAAUGAAAGGACUUUGACUUCCAUGCCCUGUAUUUAUACUGGAGAUGGAUUUUCUCCAUUCAUUCCUCGUACCCUCUUCAGCAGCCAGAGAAAAGAUGGCUGGCCUUUCAUGUUGAGGAUUCCUGAAAAGAAGAAUAUGAUGUCAUCAAGACAGUGGGGACCUAUAUAUCUUAGAGUUUUACCUGGAGGAAUCCUACAAAUGUAUUAUGAAAAGGGCCUUGAGAAACCGUUCAAAGAAUUCCAGCUGCAGCCAUUUUGCAGACUUUCCGAACCCAAACUAGAGAAUUGCAGCAUCUCUGGGAGAAUCCAUACUGUUAAAAUUGAGUAUGUGUCAUACACAGAGAAAAAGAAGUAUCAUCCUAAAGCUGAGGUAAUUCAUGAACCAGAGAUAGAACAGAUGCUGAAGUUAGGAACAACUGAUUACAGUGAUUUCACAGACUUCCUGAUGAUAGUCGAAGAAGAAUUAAUGAAGCUUCCUGUUCCUUCAAAACCAAAGAAGCAUUAUGAAGAACAAGAAAUUGUCUUGGAGCUAGUGGACAACUUUUGGGGAAGGAUCACAAAAGCAGAAGCAAAACUGGUUGAAAGUGUUGUCAUCACCCAUAUUUAUUACUUGAGUUUUGUCAAUGGAAACUCUGAGUGCUUUUUGACACUAAAUGACUUGGAGCUUCAGAGAAGAGAUGAGGAUUACUUUGAGAAGGACACUGAAAAGAAAUUGAUUGAAAUCCUUGAUUAUCAUUUCCAUCAAUGUGCAAAACAACAAGAGUUUGAGCAGUCAAGGAUAAUUAAAUUUACACCAAUAGAUGGCUGUAGGUUGGAACUGAUGCGUUUCAGGACGAGGUAUAAUGGAUCAGAUCUUCCAUUUUUUGUUAAAGCAUUAGUAGUAGCUCAGGGAGCUUACAUUGAACUCCAGGCUUUCAUAAACAUGUCAUCUUCUGCUCUUGCUUCAGUCCAUUCACAUUCCACAAAACAUUGUGAAAACAUCAUGAUACAUUUUCCUGUUCCUCCACAGUGGAUCAAAACACUCUGGACUAUGAACCUUCAAAGACAGAAGUCCCUGAAAGCAAAAAUGAACAGAAGAGCAUGUCUUGGUUCUUUAACUGAGAUUGAAUCUGAUUCUGUCAUACAAGUUUCCAUUGGAACAGCCAAAUAUGAAAGUGCAUAUAAAGCCAUUGUGUGGAAGAUUGACAGACUCCCAGAUAAAAACACAAAUCCAGAUCAUCCGCACAGUUUGUCUUACAAACUAGAACUUGGCUCAGAUCAGGAAAUCCCCUCUGAUUGGUAUCCUUUUGCCACAGUCCAAUUUGUUGUGCUCGACGAAUGUCCUUCUGGAACUGAAGUAAAAUCACUGGGCAUCGAAAAUGAUGUGCAGCCACAGAAGCAUGUGACCCAAAAAGCAUAUUACAAUUGCCAGGUUGAAAUUGAGAAGAAAUGGAUUAGGCUUGAAGGAGAAGAUCCCAACAAAUGUGGGAGUUGUCAAAUGCAGUAAAAGACGAGAGGAAUAACCUCAUGUGCUUUAAUGGUUAUAAUAAGUAGAUAAUGUAUAUAUAUAUAGUUGUUGUAAGCAAGAGAGUUUAAAAAGCAGCAGGAUGUCCACUAGUUUGUCAUGAUAAAAGACUGUGUACGGUUGGGAAUUUGUUUGCCUAACAUUUAGUAUAUUGAUGGUAAUGGGCACAAAAAAGCUAUUAUUUUAAAUUAUGGGGGUAUUGUACCAUUUUGAGAAAUAAUGGCACUAUGAAAGGCUUUUAGGGAAACCAUCAACAUAUGUUGAUUUUUGAUACUGUCUAGAGGAAUAAAUCAUAGUUUAUCUAUUAAGUAUGUAUGUAUGUGUAGUUACUUGAUAUAUCCUUGAUAUGUUCCCUCUACCAGUUUCAAUAAAAGUAUGCAAGUUCCGUAUAUCCUUGAAAGGGGUGUGUUCCUUGGAAACAUGCUUAAUACUUUUAAUGGCUCGUAAAUAAAAUAUAGUAGCUUUUGGGUCUUUCCAAUAUGAUUUUUCCCCUAUGGAGGAAUGGGCAGAUGGAAAAUGGUACAUUAGAAUUUAAAAUCUAAAUGGCUAUUUUAGAACACUUUAGUUGGCAAGAGCUGUCAGGAAUGUAACCUAAUUUGCAGAUCAUUCUGGCACAAUCCACACUUGAGUCUGAAUUCUUUUAAACUUAUGAUGUUCUACUGAACCACAUCAAAAUGGCUGAACUGUUUAUAGAAAGGCUUGUCACAGAGGGACCAGUACAAAUACCUGAAGUGCUUUUCCUUUUGCUUCCUUUAUUGAAAGUGUAAGUUUGUCCUUCCAGUCGUUGAAAGGAUGAUUUGUCUGGGAGGAACUGCAGGAGUUUCUGAGUCCAAAAGGUUAAGCAGAGUUUUUUGUUUCAGUGUUUUGGAUGGAAGAGAGUACUUCUAACUUUGCCAGCUGCUACAGCUGUUACUUUGCAUCGCCAGCAAGAGCAGAUGUCUAUAGAACUGAAGUUUUGGAACAAAUAGGAAUAGACAUAUGGAAAAUGUUACCUUAGAAUGUAAAAUCUAAAUGGCUUUUUUUAGCUGUCAGGAAUGUAACCUGCUGUCAGCAAAGUUUGUGAAAUCCAGGAGACUCCAGAUGAAUGUGGAAAGGGGAAAUGUUCCGUUUUCCUGCCAAGCGUUUGCUUAAGGGGCGUGGAGCAGAACACCCAGAACUCUGAAGGGAAAGUGUUUCUAGAAAGUGUGUUGACAAUCACAAUCAGAAUAACCUUUUGGAAUCUGAUGGGUUUGACCAAUUGAGGGAAGUUAUUGUCUUAAUUUUUCUGUCUUGUCGCUUAUGCUUAUACACUGGAGGCCAAAGAAGUGUCUGUCUAUGGAUAAUUUUUAUUGAUGGCUUUCUGCUUUAUUGAAACCACUCCAAAUGCCGUCUUUGUUGCAUGUAAGUCCUCUGGAAUAAAGCUAUAACAGCA